AUGAUUAGCGGCCGCCGCCGCGCCAGCCAAAAGGGCAGUUUAGGCAGCUCCAGCGCCAUCUCCAGCGCCAGCGCGAUCGGCCCCGACGGCAGCAGCACCGAACCCCAGACGGUCGGCACCCUCCUGGCCGCGAUCGCAACAUGCAUGACCGAGGCCCUGCGCAUCCUCAUGUUCGCCGACAAGCGGCAAUGGGGGCCCGACGAGUUCGAACAGACGCGCGUGCUCGAGGAAGCCCUCGACGAGGCCAAGAAGGACUUCCAGGAGAUGGCACCCCUCGUCCACGGGCAGUUCUACUACGAAAACGACCGCACCCCUGAAUCCCUCCACACCCUCCAAUCUCUCCUGACAAGAUUCCGAUUUCACACCCAAAACUUCAAAGACUGGGCCCGGCAGGGCGGGCCCAUCAACCCAGCCUGGGCGCGCGAGACGGCCCAACUGCGGCGAGCCCUCCACCGCGCCCAGUGCCGCGCCGCCAGCCGCAUCUUUGCUGCCGAGCAGGACGGCGGGAGGUGUCUGGGCGCCUUCCAGGUGUAUCGGCUGCUGAUAAGGCGGCAUGGUAAUGAGCCUGCAGACAAGGGGGGGGUACUUCCUUGGCAGCAGCAGCAACGGGAAGAGAAUGGGCGGCGAGGAGGGACGGAGAUCGGCAUGGGUGGGGCGGCGGGGCAGGUGUCGAGGGAGGAUCUGUUGAGUUCUCCCAGUUUGGGGUUGAGUUCGAGUCCCGGGCAGGAAGAGAGGGCCGGCAGGCGGGGCAGUCUGGAGGAGCUUGUGCCGAGCUGCAACGCCGUGGGGAGGUUCCGGCUGAUGGGCGGGGACGAGUCGCACGACGCAGCGUUUGUGUGCGAUUACUGCGAGGGGUAUAUCGUCUGGCCGGAUCUGCGGAGCAUGCCGUCCGAGAGGAUGCCGCUGGCGCCAACGGCCACGGUCGUGUUUGCGCCGCUCCCGAUCGCGAACCACAUGCCGCCGGAGCCCGGGGAAUGGCAGGCUGGGCUGAUUUGUCCGUACUGCGAGGAGGACACAUACCUUGACGAGGGGGAGGACAGCUCCGAGCUGAGGUAUGUCCAGGAGGACAGGGGGUUUCCAGACCUGGAGGCGUUUCGGGAACAUCUGGAGUGGUUCCACACAGCGAUGCCUGUGCCUCCCAUAUCAGCCUUGGCAUCUGCGCUGCCAUCUGCGGCAUCGAAUUGUAGGGUUAUGUAG